GUUACACAAUAAAAACGCUUUUUUGAUACACUACUCUCGUACGCUACGAAAAACGAGUCAGGGCGCACUGCUGAGUAUAUACUGUAUAUCCUUUUGCGAGAAACAUGUAUUCCGUACCAUCUCAUAUGAGCUGUAUGCUGUAAGCUGCAUAUUCUAUGUACGUAUGUAUAGAACAAAUGGAUGCUCGGUCGGUGUAGAGACGUAAAGUGUUGUUCCCGUACAAUUUGGGUAGAACGGAGGAACUGAGCGAAAAAGCGCAAAACCAGUAAUUUGCUGUUGGUUAUACCAGUACGGAAUUGAGCUUUGUGCCGACACAAUGGAAACGUUAGAUUUUUCGUAUUGCUCUUUUGGUUAUAGCGGCAACGAAAUUUUACUAGCUCGGUGAAUGAGUAUAAAACGGUUGAUAUUAUCGAGUAUUUUCAAUCACAUAAUUGUGUCUCAAAUAAAUUCGCAGAAACAUUUUAAAAUCAUGUACGAACAAAUGGGUGAUGUGAUCGGUGAAUGAAACAGUUCUAUCUAAAAACAGUAGAAAAAAUUCAUGAUUCGUAUUUUAAUGCCAGGCUGUCCGAAUAAAUACCAUUCUUUAAAAUCAACAUCACCAAACCCUAAUAAAAACUGUGUUAAUGUGUCGUUACAAAGCGAAAUAAAAAUGAAAUUGAGUGUCGGUCAUUAAAUGGAAAAUUUAUGGAAAAAUUAUGAUAAUCGUAUGUGUGUUAUUUGAAAAUAUAAAUCAUUAAGUGUACAAUUUUAUCAACACACUUUACGCUCGACCAUUUUUCGGUGAAUUUUUCACACAUAGCGGAAAAUACCAACCCCCAAAUUUUACCGUGUUACGGGGUGUUUUUUUUGUAUUUUAUUUUAUUCAAAAUCGAAACGUGACAAAUUUAUGAAUAAAUAUGUUUCACAGAUGUGUUGUUGCUCCGGGGUGGUGGUAAAUAGUGUGAUCAUAAGUAAAUAAAAUAAUUUUUUUUUGCAUUCCACGAUCCUGAUGACAAUAUGGUAUUGUACUGUUGUCGAGAUAUGAGUAAAUCGUAUUGAGACGGAUUAUUUUAUCAACGAAUAUUACACAGCUCGUAUAUGGAUAAAAGGUACUUCGAUUCGUUAAACGAUACAACAGUGAAUAGCGCCGAUAUCCAACAGGAAACAAAAUCAACAUUUUAAGAACAGAAGCCCCACUUUCCACAUUAAACGAAUGAUGAAGAUGGUCAAUUAAAAGAAAGAGACGGAAAUUAGCAAAUUUAAAUAAAUUUAAACCAAUUUGAAUACAACGAAGCGUAAGUUUAAAUAAAAGCGAAUGAAUAAAAUGUUUACGAAAAGUGCUGACCCAAACCUUAAAAGUGCUGAAUACUAACAUUUGUAUGUAGAAAACCGAGAAAAUCGUUUUUUUUUACGGAAAGUUUAAAACAAGUGUAUAGAUAUACAGAAAGAUAUGUAUCGUAGUAGCUACCAUUUAAAUAGUACGCUUUAAAUUCUGGAUCAGCCAUCCGAAUUGCUAACUCUGUGUGUAUAUGUGUGUGUUAUUAUAUCACUCAAAAGUAUGUCCAUAAGUACACUAUAGUGGUUAGCGCAAAAAAAAUAUAUUCAGCGUAAUCUUCACAUUUCAUAAAUUUAAAACGAGCACGUAAUCCCGUGCCCAACGUUUAUUUAAUUUCAUUUUUUUGAAAUAAAAUAAUUAAAAUUUCAACAUAGACAAUUUUUCAGAGUGCAGCAGCAUUGAAAAUGCUACAGACUGAAAAUAAAAAUUUGCAAAAUGAAAAUAAAUAAUUAUUUGAUUGCAUAACGUAUCCACGUAACUAUACAUUAAAAAUGUGUUAAUAGGAACACGUCAAUAAAAGAACUGUAACAUGUGUGUAGUCAUGAGUGUUUAUUUUUCGUGAAAAAAGCAUUUUAAUCGGAACAAAAAUUUAAGCUUUUAAAGUUAAAUUAAAAAACAAUUACAACAAAAUAGAUAACGAUAACAAAAUAGAUAACGAUAACAAUCACGAAUAAAUACAAACAAAAAGAAGCUUUUCCGAUAAAAACAAGUCUUUUUGAUAAAAUAUAUUGUCGUACAGCACCGAACGACUGAUAUAAUAAUAUGGAUUUUUUUUAAAUAAUUAAAUUGCGAUCAAGAACAAAAUCAAUUUGAAAAAAGAACAAAUUUGUCAUGGAGACAAUGACAGUGGUGAAUUUAGUGAAGCUUGUCAGCUUUGUUUUGUACGUGAUAUGUUUGGUAUGUGAUACAGUGCUAGCUGCGGCUGCAAUAACCAAUGCAGCCGAAAUCAUCGAGCAACCAUUUUUCGAUGACAUCAGCCCCAGAAACGUAACAACUGUCGUUGAUGAUACAGUUGUUCUAAAAUGUCGAGUGAAAAAUAAAGGAAACCGAACGGUAUCGUGGAUGAGAAAACGUGAUUUACACAUUUUAACAUCGAAUAUAUACACAUACACCGGAGAUCAGAGGUUCGAUGUCAUCCAUGCUCCAGAAUCGGAUGAUUGGGAUUUGAAAAUUGAAUAUGCUCAACAGAGAGACAGUGGCAUAUAUGAGUGUCAAGUGAAUACAGAACCGAAAAUCAAUUUGGCAGUCUAUUUGGAAGUUACAGGUACUGAAAUUGGCGGGAUUGGAAAAAUCGACGAAAAUCUAAUUCACGGCAAUGACAAAGCUGCCAGAGCCAGGAUAAUGGGAUCACAGGAGGUACAUGUAAAGAGAGGCAGUACAAUAUCACUUUCUUGUGCGGUAAAUGUUCAUGCGUCAUCUGUGUCGUGGUUUCAUGGCUCAUCGGUGGUUGACUUCGAUUCAGCUCGUGGGGGUAUCAGUUUAGAAACCGAAAAAACAGAAAGUGGAACGAGUAGUCGUUUGAUGUUAACCAGAGCUGCAUUGCGUGAUUCGGGAAAUUACACAUGCGUUCCGGCUGGUGCAGUAUCCGCUUCAGUUUUGGUAUAUGUCCUAAAUGGUGAGCAUCCAGCCGCAAUGCAAACAAGCAGCAGUGGUCCGUGCCCAUCAAAUAUUGCACUCAUUCUGCUAUGUAUUUUAUCGAUAUGUCCAUGUCAUCGAACAACCAUAUCACAAACAAUGUCCUGUAUUCUAACAUUGAUUUGCAGAUGAUUUUUUCGACUAACAAAAUUGUGCACAAUUUUUUGUUAUUUCGUGUAAAUUUUGAAAUCAUUGUGAUUGUUUUCACAUUGUCACAAUGGAACUAUUAUACAUACACGGUUACGGUUUAUAUACAUUAUAUACCACACUUUAUUUAUAUAUGGAGAACAAAAAAAUGGAAUCAAAAUGGAUAUUUUUACUUGAAACUUUAAAAUUAGGAUGAAAUAAUAAAACCGAUGAAGAAAUCCACGGAGAAAUAAAAAUUUAUAAAACGAAGUGAGUUGAAUUGUAAAUUUAAAAAUGAAGAAAAUUUAUUUAAAAAGAAGAAAAAAUUUACGAAGUAUCCCUUUAAGGCAUGUGAAAAAUUGUUAAUAAAAAAACCAAAAAUUUUGAAUCUUUUUUUAUUUAAAUAAAAUAAAAUGAAGAAGAAAAUUAUAUAGAAAAAAAACCUAUAGUUGUUAAACAAAAAUAAAAUAAAAAAUUAUAAUUGAAAGCGCCUGGCGUAAAACAUUAAAAUAAAUUUAAAUGAGAGAACAUAAUCAUUCCUUUCCGGUAUAUAUAAUUGUAUUUAAAAAAAAAAGUGAACAUUGAAAUAAAUGCCAUUAUAAUAAUUAAGAGCUUUCAAAAGCUUCGAUUUACAACCAAACAUAUUUAUAUUGUAGUUGUUAAACACUGAAAGGAUUUGUCGAUAAAUUAAUUCGGUUGCUCAAAACCUUUGCUACGUUUGCUAGAAUGUAAAUAAAACACAGAGAGAGAGAUAGAGGGAGAUAGAGAGAGUUUUUAUAAUGAUAGCGGUUGAAAUGGUGAAUGUUAUUAUUUUUCAUUCUCAGUAAAGGAUUGUCAUUGUCAGACAGAUAAAAAAAAAUUAUAAUUAAAUAACAUUUACAGCAGUUACGUUUUCCCAGGGCUCAAUCUCUAGCGUACACACAACGCACCACACCACCGCCCACCCAAAACCAUCAUAGCAAAAAUAUAAAUAAUCCCGUUUUCUGUGUAUAUACAAUUCGAUACCUCAUACUCCCUUUUCUGCACAACAUCAAAUUAUUUUAAAUACAUACCUUUCCCUGCAUCUCUACCUAUAUAUUUCGGUUUUCUCUGGAAAGAAA